AUGCAGAACCUAGAGCUGAGAUCAGAUUAUGUGGACGGGAAGCCUUCGGAGAGUCUGAAGCGGGAGUCCCACAAGAUCCAGUUACAGUUUGACAACAGUCUCACCUUGAGUGAGGGCCAGAGGGAGGUCCAGCCUUGUCUAGCGUUUCUCUUCCCCAGUGUGUCCAAGAACCCCAGUGGCCGCUACAGGUACCUGGCGGUGUUCCCAGAGAGCCCGGGCAGAGGGACGCUCCCAAGCCCCGCCCCCGCCCGGGCAGUCGAGCCCACCUCCCCUGCCGGCGACUGCGCUCUGGGGCCCGCGCGCCCCUCCCGCACCGGAGACCAGCGAGGAGGCUGCCCCGGGGGCUCGGGCUCCGACCUCCCUACCCCCGCCCCCGCGCCCACCGCCGCUGCCCGCCGGGCGUCCCAGCCCUUCCGCUGCGAGAGGUGCAGCCGGAGGCUGGGUUGUGGCCUCCAGGCCCUGGUGGAUGAUACUGAGGAUGUGUCCUUGGACUUUGGCAACGAGGAGGAGCUGGCAUUUCGGAAAGCCAAGAUCAGGCACCCGGUGGCCACGUUUUUCCACCUGUUUUUCCGCGUGAGUGCCAUCGUCACCUAUGUGGGCUGCGACUGGUUCAGCAAGAGCUUCGUGGGCUGCUUCGUCACUGUUCUGCUCCUCCUGUCCUUUGACUUCUGGUCUGUGAAGAAUGUAACUGGACGACUCAUGGUAGGCCUUCGCUGGUGGAACCAGAUUGAUGAAGACGGGAAAAGCCACUGGAUUUUUGAAGCCAGAAAGGUCUCUCCAGACAUGGUGGCUGCCACGGAGGCGGAAGCACGGGUCUUCUGGCUCGGCCUCAUCGUCUGUCCCAUGAUUUGGAUCGUGUUCUUUUUUAGCUCCUUAUUUUCCUUGAAGCUCAAGUGGCUGGCCCUCGUGAUAGCUGGGAUCUCUCUCCAAGCCGCCAACCUGUAUGGCUACGUCCUGUGUAAGAUGGGAGGCGAGAGCGACGUCAGCAAAAUCACAGCCACUUUUCUGUCCCAGACGGUGUUCCAGACGGCCUGUCCCAGCGACUUUCAGAAGCCUGGCCUCGAGGGGCUGGAGAUUCACAAGCAUUAG